AUGAUCAAUAAAUAUUUCUUUCUAGGACCAAAAUGCCACCAUGUCUCUAGUAGAUUUUUGAUCGAGAGAAUCGGACUCGGGGAAAAUACUUUGGUAUCUCAAAAGAAGCAGAAGUCUUCAAAUAUAAUAAAAGGCAAAUGGCACAGGCGUGAUUCACAAAUGAAGUCUCAGGUACAAGACCUCAGAGGAGACAAACGACAUUUCAGCACCCACGUUCUUCUUCCAAGACCGUUUGAUAUUUCAUCGGUUAAAGGUAGUACGAAUUGCUUAAUCUAACUUCUGCCUCAUUCACCCAAGUAGAGCAUGUUUAGUAAAAGAAGAUUUAACAAAAUGAUUGAAAAUCAUUGACAAAUAACGUAAAGCCUAAAUUUUGCCUAAGAUCGCAGAACAAUAGGAGAGAAGUUGCAGCAACAGGUUGCGGCGACGAGUCGGAGCGGCAUGAAAUCGAUUCGUGUGUACAGACUGAGAAUUUUCGUGGAAAUCUUGGUCUGCAUAACAUCAUUUGGUCGCCCUCACAGGUCACACAAAGUCAAAUCAGACUGAAUUUGUGCAACUUGUUGCGGCGAAAAAAUUAUGUUCCGAAGGUAGCGGUUUUCACUGAAAUUCCUAGGUAAAUACGAAGAGAUUUGUGCGCGCUCUCUCCCUACCUGUAUACAAGGAGUGAUUUGUAGCCCCGACAUGCCGCUGCAAUAUGUCGCUGAGAGCGUCCCGACCUUCACAUUUUUUUACAAGCUUUGCAGGUGAUUUCACCAUGACUAAUUUAAAGUAGACAAGUAUCAGUUAAAGUCUUUGACUAUAACUGAGCACAAUCAUAGCUGGGGUCAAAAAACUUUGACAUAGUCUAUUAGGUUUGACGUCAUUGUGUUAGGUUGCAAAGGGUACAAAUUAAAACUAAGGUAUCUAGCUAUAAGAUGCUAAAAGCUAAAAGCCUUGCAACGAAGUACAAGCUUCAAGGGGGAAAGACGAUCGAAGAGACGCUUUUUUUGUACUAUGUAGAGAAAUGCUGUUCAACAGGAUAAAAUGCAGCCUCCUUUAUUUGGUUGCCAAACAUUUGUCAAUUGCUUGUGGACCUCUGAGCUACAAGUCAUAAUAAUAAAAAAAAAAGCAUCUGCGUCAUUCAAAGCAUAUCUACUCCAGUAUUGCAUGCACUAUUCUGCGAAGUUCAUGUAUACAAGGUCAAAGGCGGAAGUAGUAGGGGUUUUGUAAUUUAUUUUGGUUAUCAGAUGACAUUUACUUACUGGCUACAAGUUUAGGGGGUGAAAAUGCGAUUGGCUAUUCACUAAGACUUUUUGGGGUAUUUGGGCCUAAUUACUAUUCAUACGCACGGUUCAAGUCUAACAGUUUAGGGUUUGACAACAAGAUACUGUCGACUGUGAAUAGCCUCCUAGUUUCUUCAAAGAAAGUGCAGGGCUAAGCGUGACACGUGAUCGUGAGAGGCGAGAAACUAUGGCGUCAGCCUGAGGAAAAGUGUAUUUUCGUUUUCUUGCCUUCUUACAGUCUUGCAGAGACAUUCGAUUUUAUCCUGUGAUGCAAGAUUCGAAAAAAAAAUUCAGCCAUCCAUGGCUUAUAACUGCAUGAGAGACACGAGGAGGACAGAGAGCAUUGCUCUGAAAUACCCGUCAUUUUAAGUGUGUUCUCUCACUGUUAAUUUAUCUUCUUGCUUGGCAUUAUUCUCAGCCUGCAAAACACAAGUUGAUCUGGGUUUCGUUAUCGACGGUUCCGGCAGCAUAGAGAUGUAUGGAAAAGGAAAUUUUAAAAAGUGUUUGGAUUUUGUAAAAUCAUUGACGAGAGCUUUUGUUAUUUCCCCGGCGGACACAAGGGUCGGAGCGAUCGUCUUCUCAUCAAGAAGUGAACUUCAAUUCAACUUUAAUCAAUACACAACUAAAGCUCAGCUUGAAACAGCAAUUGACAAUAUAAAACACCCUGGGUACAGGACAAAAACUGGACUUGCGCUAACAAUGUCAAAAGACCAACUUUUUAACGACGCUAGGCCAGGUGUUCCACGUGUACUGGUUAUUUUGACUGACGGACGCGCCAAUGACGAUGUAGUAAAGCCUUCAGAGGAACUUAGAGAGAUUGGGGUGGUCAUAUUCGCCGUUGGAUUGGGAAAAAACUACAAUGAAAAACAAUUAAUAAGCAUGGCGGCUACAAAGGAAAAUGUUUUAACUGCCGACUUUCCCGACAUGAUGACUAUAGUGACAACAUUACAAGAAAAACUUUGCAAAGGUGGGAAAUCGGAACAUGCGUGUACAGCAUGAAAUCUUGGUGAAACGGGUCUUUGUUAAUUGUCCCUUCUCUCUUUUAAGACUUUUCCGAGACCCAAAUCCCUUAAAAAACUUAACAUUGCACGAAGUUAGCAAACAUUUAAAAAGCAAUUUUUAUCAUUUUUAAAUUUACGGUUUAAUUCCUACAUCUGCAUCUAAUUCAACGCGAGUGGGAUUCCCCAUUUUUACAAUUCGUUUUUUACGCUAUGCAGAUUUCUCUUUUUUCGUUCCCCAAACUGAUAAUGCCCUAAUCUAAAUUCACAAAAAAACUAACGCAUAAUGACAAAAGCUUUUUUUUAAAUUUUACAGCUGCUGUUCAAGCUGUCGCUGAGGGGAAAAGUGAGUACAACUUGGACAUACUUUAA